GCUAGCCAUAAAAAAACAUACUCCUUAUAUAUAUAUUUAUAUUAUUCCCUAGCUUAAUUAGCUUGGAAACAAGCUAAUUAUACUAUCAAGCCACAUAAAUAUAUACAUCACCACACUUAUAAAUAUAUCUCAUAACGUACAUACGUAACUACACAGCUAUAUAUACAAUCAUAAAUAUGUCUCCUAAUUACAAUAAAAACAAAAUAAUACUUGUUACGAUUUUCAUUACUUCUCUUGGCCUGUUCUUUUCCCAAAGUUGUGUGAGCGCUACCGGCAGCCUCACGUGUAAUGGCAAAACUGAUGAUACUGCCUCAUUACAAAAGGCAUGGGCAGCUGCUUGUGCAGCAGGGUCCCCACUGGUGGUACCCGUUGGAAUGACCUGCCUUGUCGGUGAGAUAACAUUGGAAGGGCCAUGUGGAAAAGGCUUUGCACUUCAGGUAAAUGGCGUAAUCACUGCUCCGCCUCAUGGCUCGUCACUAUGGACCGGUAGUCUUCAAUGGUUCAAUAUUAAAGGUGUGGAAGGGUUUACAUUGAGUGGUACCGGAGGCUUUGAUGGUAAUGGAGCAACAGGCUGGUAUACUGCGUCAGGGACCAAGCCAACAGCUGUCCGAUUUUACGGAUCGACCGAUGUAACAGUAACUGGAAUCCAAAUAAAGAACAGCCCUCAGGCGCACCUCAAGUUCAAUGGUUGCACCGGUGUCACUGUCAGCAAUAUUAAAAUUACUUCACCUGGGGACAGCCCCAACACAGAUGGAAUUCACCUACAGAACACCAAGACCGUUACCAUUACAGGCACAACUAUAGCAUGUGGAGACGACUGCGUAUCCAUACAAACGGGAUGCAGCGGUGUCGAUAUAUCGAAGUUGACAUGUGGACCUGGUCAUGGAGUUAGCAUUGGAGGGCUUGGUAAGGGUGGUACUCAAGCAUGUGUCUCAAACAUCAAAGUUAGUGACAGCACUUUUACAGAUACAUUAACCGGUGGGAGGAUAAAGACAUGGCAGGGAGGAUCAGGAUCAGUGAGUGGAGUGUCGUUCACAAACAUUAAAUGUGUGGGUGUGGAGACGCCAAUCAUGAUUGACCAGUUUUACUGUGACGGUGGGGGAUGCAAAAACCAAACAGCAGCGGUGGAUGUAACAGAUGUAACGUUCCAAGGCUUUACCGGAACAUACACAAAACAAGGUAUGGAAUUAGCUUGCAGCGGGACCGUUCCUUGUGCGGAGGUAAAACUAUCUGCCAUCUCUCUCACGGCCUCGGGAACAAAGGCUGGCCCUCCGCUCUGUGCAGACGUAUAUGGAACAGCCGCGGGAACUAUUAGCCCACCCAUCUCUGGUUGCUUAAAGGCCGGCACCGUAGCAAAAAAGAAUGCUAAUUCUUGCACAUGAUCCAUGCACGCAUCAUCUUCCAUCCAUCCAUCCAUAUGUAUAACCUCACAUGCAUGCAUUAUAUCUGUCUUUAAUUAUCAACAAUCAAAACUAGCUAAAUAAGUACGUACACUACGAUGUAUCCUCACCUAGCUAGCUAGCUACUUUGAAGCUAAUUAAGCUAGCUUUUAUGUAUAUUGAUAAUAAUUAAAUAAGUUGCAUUAUUAAUUUGCACUUCCUA